AUGAUGUUCAGCCAGACCGUAUAUGGAAGCAUUGAGUAUGCUACUGGCGCCAUUGUUGGAGUUGGACAAGCUAUCAAGGAAAGCGGAGUGAAGUGGAAGAGGCCUGUCCUCAUCACUGGCGAGGGCUCCAUGCACCUCACUAUUCAGACACUGGCAGAUAUGCUGCGUUGGGACCUCAAGCCAAUCAUAUUCGUGCUCAACAAUGGCGGAUACACAGUCGAACGUCUCAUUCACGGCAAAGAAGCCUUCUUUGAUGAGGUCGCAGUCCUGGAAUAUUCCAUGCUCGGCAAGACUUUUUCAAACCAGCUUUCGGAUCCAAGUAGCACGGGCCUAUCAAGACUUGCGGAGAGCUGUCGUCACUCCUUCAAGAUCCCAACUUUGGCAAUGUAG